AUGGAGCCGACCGCAUUCCGCAGCGCCGCGACGGACGUGCAGUCCUUAACAAAAAUCUUUCUGGGGCUGCCGCGUGCAGGGCACCGACGCGACGGUGACGACGACGUCGGCAGCGUCCUGCUCCGCUAUCCCGACGGGCGGCGCGCCUCGCCGCCAAGCGAACAACGACACCAACUUUGGGAUGCGAAGCCGCCGUCCAACACGAUAUACGUCAUUUGGAUCAAGGAGGAUAAGCGGCGCGAAUCGGAGUGGUAUCAGGGAGCGGUUCGGAGCAGAGGACGAAGCAGGCAAGGCGGCAUGGAAAAGCUCAUUCGGUCAGCCAAUGGCUUUCACUGUGAACCAUCAAGUCCUGGUUGCUCUGUUCAAAUUGUGAAUUUGGACUAUAAUGUUGCAGUUGCCGAACUUAAGUGUCUGGACGAGAAUCUCAGAGCUGUCAUCGUGGUUGCGGCGGGAAGACAGGACGUCGACUACCCUAAAGACACGAUUGAGCACUAUCCUGGCAAUUUUAAAAUCUACAGCGACCUGGACAACAUGAUUGUGGAUCUCGCCAGGCUCCUAACGCGGGACGGCGAGACCUUGGGCAACGCGACUGUGUUGUGCAUGCCAAGGGCGCCCACCACCACUACCACUACCACACGGCCGCCGCUGUUCAGCGAUGCGCCGACGCCGACCCCGACCCCGACGCCUACUUUCACCACGGACUGCGUUCUGACGACCACCAGCGUGUGCUUUGACGGCGGCGGCAUCCGGAGUGACUGA